UUCUGUAGAAGGUUUGUGUCAAACUUGCUUUGGCGCAUUUUAAAUUUAUUUUCUUAGUUUGUAUGAAACUUGGAAACACAUUGAUAUAUGUGUUUUUCGAAUAUUGGAUAGUUUAUUCCAUUUCCAUUGCUCCACGUGAAAUUCGCUUUCAUUUAAACAAAUAAUUUGAAUACCUGCUUUCCUAGAACUGACGGCAACUACGGACCGUAUUUCUUAAAUAAAGCAAAACCGAAUGAAUAUGGCUGCCACCGAUCAAGGUCCUGAAGAUGUUAUUGACAUUGAUUCCGAUGAUGAUGUAGAGAGUGAAACAUUUGGUAAUAUUUUCACGGUUAUUCCAAAUACAUCAGCUGUUGCUUUGCAGGAGAAAUUUGGAGGCAAACGCAAACGCAGCACUCUGACAUCGGCACGAGCGAAGAUGAGCAUUAAAAAUUCUUUAUCUGAAGGGCCAACAACCAAUAAGGCAGAUGUAAAAAAUGGCGCCACACAAAAACAUUCCAAAAGAGUGACAUCUACCAAUAUUCCUACAUAUUUUGCUACUACUCCAGCUCCAUCUCGGAGUACAGUUGCGAAUAACAAUACAAUAGGCCAGAUUUGUACAUCGAGUCUGUACGAUGUCUUGCCAAAUCCAAUAGCUUCUACAGAUGUGCCACUUUCAGCCUCCACAAACGUUUUGAAUGGGUCUUUCUCGGCCUUUGAAGUUAAGUCAAAUAUUUUCAGUGGCCUAACAGACGAUAUGUUCAUUAGAGAAGAACCUUCAUUUGCAGUCCCAUUCAUUUAUGAGAAACCUCCAGCAGUCCAAAUAAAGGAUGUCCUAAAAGCAUUGGAAACCCAAUUUGCUUUAUCCCAAGAAAACUUGGCAGAUGAAACCAGCCCAAACAAAGGUCUAAACGAAAUGUUGCCAUAUUCAAAAUGGUUUUCGGAAUUGGCAGCACCUUCCAACUCUGCAACAAGCGAUAAAGACGACGAGGUUAAGUAUUUCGAAAGUCCCCUGGGUAAAUUCUUUACGCACAUGGGAAUUGAACUAGUUGAGGAAUAUUUGCGAAAUGAAUACAAUAUCGUGCAUACAAAUAAUUCUUUCACCAAGAACACCAAGAGUUGCCAAGUUUGCAAUUUCCAUACAGAAUCUGGUCUUGUAAUGGCCAAGCACCUUGAUACACCCCAUGUAAAAGGUUUCUGGUACAAAUGUAGUUUGUGCACCUUUGGGACUAGAAAAAAUGCAGAAAUUACUUCCCAUAUGCUUGUGGCUCAUAAUAGGAAAAUUUCGCUUAACGAGAUUAAGCCUUUGCAAGUACACCAAUGUUCCAAUUGUUGUUUUGAAACUAGGGACAGGGGAAAAAUUUUGCACCACAAAGUUCGGUGUGCUGGAUCUUUCAAACUUGAAACCAAUUUGGCACCUCCCAAUGAUUGGGAAGCCCCGGCAAAAAUUUCUAGUUUUAGACCCAGACUUAACCUGGUGGGAAUAGCUAUGGAGUAUAACAAAAAGAACAAGGAUAACGAAAGCAAAAACAUGCAACCAGCAAUCAGUGCCCAGUUGCGAGCAGCUCCUGUGCUUUCAAACAUUGUUGAAGGGCCAUCGUCUAGCGAUACUACGAAAUCUGAAAUGGAAGCCAAAGCAAAUAUCGUGGUAUGUGAAAUAUGUGAUAGACACUAUGGAGGUUUUGGACAAUUGCGCUAUCACAUGCAAUGGGUACAUAAGAUCAUGAUAUAUUCCAAUACAAACUGGGCUCCAUUAGUUUGCAAAAAGUGCCAAUGUAGGUUCUUUACAUACGAAGGCCUGGAACGCCAUCUAUUGGGUACCCAUGGACUGGUUACUAAUUCUAUGCAAGAAGCUGCUAAAAAAUGCCGAGAUGGUGGAAAAUGUUCCCAUUGUGGUAGGUUGUUUCUACGGAAAUUGCUGAAGCAUUUAACCCAAGACCACCGCAUUACUUUAUCACCUGUAACUCUAUCGUAUAAAUGUAAUCGAUGUAGCAGUAUUUUUGAAGCAUACACUCAGUUUGAAAAUCACAUCUACGCAGUCCACCGCGCAGCACAGCUGAAGAAGGCAAAGCUUGGUGAUACCAAAUAAACCAGAACCAUUUUAACAAACGAUUCAUAUGACAUGCAUUUUGCUAUCCUAGCAAAGAGCGUAUAAACUAUAAUUCCUAAUAGAAUUUAUAUGAACUUAUACAUGUAGCGAAUGAAUUUCAUGUAUUUUUUGCGAACAUUCAAUUCAAUAAACACGCUGCAAGCUUAUUCUCAAUUA